AUGGCAGUGUUUCACGACGAGGUGGAGAUCGAGGACUUCCAAUAUGAUGAGGACUCCGAAAUGUAUUUCUACCCCUGUCCAUGUGGGGAUAACUUUUCCAUCACCAAGGAAGAUUUGGAGAAUGGGGAAGACGUGGCAACGUGUCCUAGCUGCUCUCUCAUUAUAAAAGUAAUUUAUGACAAAGAUCAAUUUAUGUGUGGAGAAACAGUCCCGGCCCCUUCAUCCAACAAAGAAUUAGUUAAAUGCUGAAGAAACCUUCAGGAAUCCACAUCCUGAACAGUUGAGAAUGAGCCCAGGUGGAAAUA